AUGUCAGCUUCUUGGCUCGGUUCAAGCUUGUCCCGGACCUUGAGGUGGGGGCGGUUGAAUCGCACCGAAAACGAAGUACUGAUAGACGACAGAGAGAAGCAGUAUCACGAGGGAAAGCCGCGGCACAGUCCGGACGAGGAAAGGCGAGGUCCCAACCGAGGCAGCCAGCCUCUGGAUGCGGAGCAUGGGCGACUAGAGCCUAGUACACGAGAGAUUUGGGAGAAGGACGCGACGCGCGAAACCAAUGCUCCGACUGGUAGUGGUGGUGGUGAUGAUGGUGGUAUUGGUGAUGGCGGCAGCAGCGGCAGUAGGCGGGAAACAGCAUUCUCCUCCGUCCAGUGUGGUAACCCCGUCAAGGGCCGAUCGAGGGUGAGCUCUCGAGGGUCUUGUGUUCUCGAAGGUCGGGCAGCGAGAAAGUCGUGA